GAACACACUAUUCUCCUGCGACCUACGGUAAAGGAGGUGGUCAGUCGAGGUGAUGACUAUUGAGAUAUCAGCAUGUGUUUGUACUGGACUACUCCGCCUACAUAUUUCGUGUAUUUCAUUCCACAUUUUUGACUAAAGCGACCAAUGGAAGGGGUGAUACUUGUCUGAUACGCGUGUGAUCAUACAUCCCCGGAUCCCGGACCUUCGGCGUAUAGCCCCACAUUAUCUGAACACAUCCUAUUACAGUAGUGUCUAAUGUUACUCUGUUAUUACCCCACCUCUAUGGCAUAAUUGUUGUUCCUUCUUUCAUGUGCUUAGCCACAUACUGGACCUUUGCCUCAAAUAUUUUCAUCAGUUGCUUUUGUUUUCCCCAAUGUUACUGUGGCCAUUCUCGUGGACUAGAUCCGUUCCUCCUCUUCCACCGCCAGAGGUAAAACAUCUACACGAAGAUCCACAAUCCCUUUCGUCUAUCCUUCUUCAUUAUACAACCCCCGGAGUUGCACCACCUUCAGCUCGGUCAGAUCCGAAACUCAAACUUCAAGAGCGUCCUCCAGUUCGGUUCUGGUACUUGUGGAAGUACGGCUUCGUUGCAGCAGUUAAGGCAACCGAGCUUACUGGAGCCGUCCUCGCACAUCAAAUAUGGGGUCCGAAGAAAAAAUCAUGGGGAAUAGAGAUGACCAUACUCAACAGUCUCAUGCAGGGCGUCAAUCGCCACAGUCAUCUCGUAGACAUUACCACCAUCCGGUUGCUAAUGGGUCUUGCGGGACUGGUGCCUCUCCCUUCCGAUGCCCUAGUAUCUCCAGUCACAUUCAACGUUCGCAAGCGCAACUUACGCGGCAUACUGGCGGAAUGCGAUCAGAAAGAGACAGGGAAUCGAGAGCUGACGGGAGAAUGGGUGGUCGGUCGGCGAACAUGGCAAUGGAAAAAGGCGCGGAUCUCCAAUGAGAAGCUAAAGAAGAGGAAAGAGAGGGUGAUCCUUUAUAUACAUGGAGGUGCAUAUUAUGUCUCUUGUGCUGCUGCUCAACGAACCAUUACUAUCCCACUUGCGAAAUACACCGACGCGAGAGUCUUUGCCUUGGACUAUCGUUUGGCUCCCGAAACUCGAUUUCCUGGACCGUUACACGACGCUGUCAGCGCUUAUAUGCGUCUUGUCGAAGAUCUGCAUAUUCCACCUUCGAGUAUAAUAUUAGCAGGAGACAGCGCUGGCGGAGGAUUAACCCUUGCACUGUUGAUGUACUUGCGCGACAAUGAAUAUGAAUUACCUUCAGCGGCGAUUCUCAUGUCUCCAUGGGUCGACUUGACCAUGAGUUGUGAAUCCUGGGACUCCAACGAACCUUAUGACAUUAUUCCGAUGCCUGCACCAGAUGAUCAUUUGAAUCCCGUCGCACUCUAUCUUGGUGAUAACAUGGAACAAUUCAUGACCCAUCCUUACGCGAGUCCCUUGUUCGGAGAUUUUACUGGCCUUCCGCCAUUGCUUAUACAAGCAGGAGACUCGGAAGUCCUGAGAGAUGAGAUAACAUUGCUCGCUCACAAGGCCUCUCUAGCUGGGGUUGAAGUGCGGCAUGAACUGUACCAGGACGCUAUACAUGUUUUUCAAUUAUACCCAUUCCUUGAUGCCACAUCUCGGUCGUUCGCCUCUAUCCGCGAGUUUGUUCGGAAAUUAUUACCUCAAAUUGGAAGCGAAGUACCUGAUAAACUCGGCGAACAAGCCGAAAAGGUUAUUGGGAACGAGAUUGAGAGUGAGAGAGCCAUUUUGGUUGGAGGAGAUGGACAGCAAACUGCGUCAGGUAUAGAAGAAAUGGAACGGAAUAUUGACGCAGAAGUGCCUACUUCCACGGAUUCCAGUAGCGAUACAGAUGAAGAGAAUCGCAUUCGCAAAACCCCUAAGGAACUUGCGAGUUGGAGUCGUCGUUCCUGGAUGUUGUCGCCGUUUUCCCUGUUGUCACUGUCUGUUGCACCAGUACCUUCUAAAACAACUCGGCGCCGUGCGGACACUUUACCUUCCAGUGCGGCUUUCUCCGAUCCCCGUAGAUUGGCUGUCGCCCCACCUCAAAAACCUACACAGUCCCGGACGAGGUCGCAAACACAUAUCCCUCAACCUGGUCUCAACUCAAGGCGGUCUGGGCUUCCGCCCCGCAUAACUAUAGCGAAUAACAAGGUACCACAUCCAGGACCAUCAACCCUCCCGAAUCGGACUUUCAUGCGCAUGACCCCUCCUUGGUCCACUACAGAUAGUUUACCACCUUCGCCAUCUAUUCGUCGUUCAUCAAGAGCGAGUAGCCAUCAAGAUCUGUCUUCUCUUGUACAAGACUGGGCCAGCACAGGCCCUGCUAAUCGCACGUUCAUAUAUCCUCUUUCAGGCUCAUGAACACCACCUGCCAUUUCUCCUGCUUCUGUGAUUAUAAAUUGUAUCGCAAUAAUGA